CCUCUCCUGUUGCUCGGUAGCUUAGGCUGCACUCUGCCGUCUAAAAGGUCGCCUGUGAUAAACAUAGGGUCUCCCUCCUCCGCCCUCAAACCUUGUCUGCUACGACUUUCGCUGUGACAUUCAGUCUUUUCCAUGCUGGAGGAAGUAGUUGCGAGCAAUGUGAUAGACAGAGGGGGACGCUGCUGUCUUGGCUGGACCUGCUGCUGCAACCACGUGUCUCUCUCUCUCUCUCUGGCUGUGACACAGUAGCAAGGAAAUUGGUGGGAUCUUUCUUUAUCUCCACAAAGGAAAGGUGACCUGCACAAUCAAGGCUGGCCGCGAUGGAGGAGGACGUGGGCAGCAUGCAGCAGAAGGCUGCUGAGCUGGAGCACAUGGCCGAAGUCUUGCUCACUGGGGAGCAGUUACGGCUCAGACUGCAUGAAGAAAAGAUAAUUAAAGAUCGAAGGCAUCAUCUCAAGACAUAUCCAAACUGUUUUGUUGCCAAAGAAUUGAUUGACUGGCUGAUUGAUCACAAAGAGGCCUCAGACAGAGAGACAGCAAUUAAACUUGUGCAGAAAUUAUUGGAUUGCAGUAUUAUCCAUCAUGUUUGUGAUGAGCAUAAGGAAUUCAAGGAUGUCAAACUUUUCUACCGCUUUAGGAAAGAUGAUGGAACAUUCCCACUGGAUAAUGAGGUGAAGGUGUUCAUGAGAGGACAGAGGCUAUAUGAAAAGCUGAUGAAUUCUGAGAACACACUUUUACUAGCCAGGGAAGAGGAGAGCGUCAAGUAUGAACGGACCUUCAUGGCAUCUGAAUUUAUUGAGUGGCUGAUCCAGGAAGGAGAAGUCACAACAAGGACUGAGGCAGAACAACUUGGCCGUAGACUGUUGGAGCAUGGGAUUAUACAGCACGUGUCCAACAAGCACCAUUUUAUGGAUAGCAACCUGCUGUACCAGUUCAGAAUGAAUUUCCGCCGGCGACGGAGGCUGAUGGAGUUGCUCCCUGAGAAAUCCCGUUUGAUGCCAGAAAGUCACGACAGUCCCUUUUGCCUGCGCAAGCAGAACCAUGACAACAGAAAGCACACCAGUUUUCAGUCAGUGAGUCCCACCAAGGAGAUAAAGAUCGUAUCAGCAGUAAGAAGGAGUAGCAUGAGCAGUUGUGGCAGUAGCGGUUACUUCAGCAGCAGCCCUACCCUCAGUAGCAGUCCCCCAGUAUUAUGCAACCCAAAAUCUGUAUUAAAGAGACCAGUGACUUCUGAUGAACUCUUGAUGCCUGGAGCCCCAUAUGCAAGAAAAACAUUCACAGUUGUCGGUGAUGCUGUUGGGUGGGGCUUUGUUGUACGGGGGAGCAAGCCAUGCCAUAUUCAGGCUGUGGAUCCCAGUGGCCCUGCAGCUGCGGCAGGAAUGAAGGUCUGUCAGUUUGUGGUUUCUGUGAAUGGACUCAAUGUUCUCCAUGUGGACUACAGGACAGUGAGCAAUCUCAUUCUGACUGGCCCUCGAACUAUUGUCAUGGAAGUGAUGGAGGAAUUAGACUCCUGAGAAGGAAAUUUCCUCGCUGGAAGCUGUGAAUAGAAAUAGAAGAAUCAGUGCAAAGCCAAACAACACAAGGGGGCGAAACCUUGCCUUGUCUAACUAGAUUAUUUUGUCUUUCAGGUGCUUUCCCCUUCAGUUUAACAAUCGUAGCUGUGAUUCAUAUGCUAAGAAGUGAACAGUAUAUACCAUCAUGUUAUCAUUUAGGACCUGAUCCUGCAAACUGUUCUGCUGAAGACAAGGACCAGGUCUUUAGUUGUCAAUCCAGCUGUAUCUGUUGGGAUGGUAUCCUGCUUAAAAGGCUGCAAGUAACUUCCCUUGCCAUUCAACCAUGUGAUCACAAUACUUGAAAAGAGGAAUGUUUGGUAAGGACUUUCAAUAUGGUUGGCAUGGCAUAUGAAUGUUAGUGUACUCCCCUCCGUGUAAUACAGAUGUGUCCAAAGUGCGGCCCCAGGAGAGCAGCUGCCUGCUUCUGCUCCCUCUCUCUGAUCAUAAAGCAAAGAGAAAGGUGAUCAACUUCAGGUGUUUAUUGUCAGGGAAUUCAAACAAGUAGCAGACAACAUUAAAAUUCGUAGAUAUGAAAAAAAGUGUGUGCCUUUCUGUGUUAUGCACUGAGUUUCCAGAGCUGGGUAGCCCUAUAAAAACCUGCAGCAAUUGUUCUACGAAGGAAAAUACAAGAACACACAAAUGUUAUGGAGGUGUGCAUUAAUUUUUCAUUUUGAAAAUAUGGCCUUUGAAAACCAGACCUCUUAUCUAGAUGUCUAAGUACAGAUUUAGGAGCCCAAGUUUGAAAAUUUUGGGUCUAUAUAUCUUCUGUCUAAACUACAUGUGGCUCUUAGUCUCCUGGUAACUUGUCGAUGUGGUUCUUUCCACAAAGCCUGGAUAUCCCUGAUAUCAGAAGAAUGAUAACAUGUUAGAGAGCCGAAGUCAGAGAAUCACAAUGUUAGCAUUAGCAUUGAAAUAUUUAGUAGCUUGGAUAUGGUACAGUACACUUCAAAUUGAAGCAAUGCACUUGAAUGUGUCUUUGAUUAUCAGCAUUUUCAAACCAUUAAAUGCUUGAAAACUACAGAUGCAUCACAUAAUUUACAUCUGAUGCAUUAAUAACAUGUUGUAUUUAACUGACUCUUCCUCAUUUUAAAACCAAGCAGGAAUUUUUGUUGAUGAACUUGUGAAAAAAUAUUUUUAAAAUGUAUAGUUGAAUGAUAUACUUUACUGAAUCUAAAUUGCUUCUCAGCUCUAUGAUAUCUGGCGUGCCAUAGGUCUCUCAAACUGAGAUUAAUUGAAUGUAUACAGUCUUGUUCACAAAACAUAAAUAUGUAUAUCUAUAGAUUGUAGGCAUUCUGGUACUGUUCAGUUUAUAUACAGUAAUACUUUUUAAAUUAAAAAAAUGAAUGCUUGACCUUCA